ACCAACAUAUCGUAAAAAAAAAAAUUAAAAUGGAAACACCCUUCACAGACCACCUUACAACGGCGGAUUACGAACAAAUAUAUGAACCGGCAGAAGAUUCCUUCUUAUUAUUGGAUGCCUUAGAAAUUGAAUUGACAUAUAUCAAAAGCCUACAGCCUCAAGUUUGCUUAGAGAUAGGCCCCGGAAGUGGUAUUAUUGUAACUGCAUUGGCUAAAGAGUUGAAGAGAACCCUUUGUUUAGCUACCGAUAUAAAUCCGCUUGCUUGUAGCGCGACGAAGAAAACGGCCAAACGCAAUGAUACGUGUGUUGACAGUAUAAACUGUAACUUGGUUGACUCAUUACGUGAAAAGUCAAUUGAUUUACUUGUAUUCAAUCCACCUUACGUGGUAACUGCAGACGAAGAAUUGAAAAAUCCGUCGUUUAUUGGUUCACAAGCAUCAAACAAUAUUGUAUACUCGUGGGCAGGUGGUGUCUACGGAAGGCGUGUUAUAGACGAGCUAGUUAAUCGCUUAGACAGGAUAUUAUCCGAUAAAGGAGUUUUCUAUUUAUUGGUGUUACGUGAAAACAAGCCAAAUGAAUUGAUCCGAAAUUUAAAUGAAUUGGGUUUUUUGGCAAUUAUAUGUAUUGAAAGGCGCAUUCCUGGAGAAUAUUUAUAUAUUUUAAAAAUAACCCGAAAAUAACAUGUUCAGAUUUUUGUUAUGAUAAUUAAAUAAAAUAAUAAUAUGCAAA